CAUUUCCCUCCAUCAUUCUUGGCCUCUUUCUCUAGGGUUCAACAAAGAUUUCUGAAACUGAAAGCAUAAUGGAGCAGCAGCAGAGGAAUCAGAAAAUAGCGCAACAUCAACAACAACAACAAAAUGAGGAAGUCGAAGAGAUUCAGCAUGGCCCUUUCCCUGUCGAACAACUUCAGGCAUCAGGCAUUGCUGCCCUUGACAUAAAGAAGCUUAAGGAUGCUGGUCUUUGCACGGUUGAAUCUGUUGCUUAUUCCCCUAGGAAAGAACUUCUGCAAAUUAAGGGAAUCAGUGAAGCAAAAGUUGACAAGAUCAUUGAGGCAGCUUCUAAACUUGUGCCAUUGGGUUUCACCAGUGCUAGCCAACUUCAUGCGCAGAGGCUUGAGAUAAUUCAGAUAACAUCUGGAUCAAGGGAGCUUGAUAAAAUUUUGGAAGGAGGAGUUGAUACAGGAUCUAUCACUGAGAUAUACGGUGAGUUUCGCUCUGGAAAGACUCAGUUGUGUCACACAUUAUGUGUCACAUGCCAACUUCCAUUGGAUCAAGGAGGUGGUGAGGGAAAAGCUAUGUACAUAGAUGCUGAGGGCACAUUCAGGCCACAGAGACUCUUACAAAUAGCUGACAGGUUUGGAUUGAAUGGAGCUGAUGUCUUGGAAAAUGUGGCCUAUGCUAGAGCAUAUAAUACUGAUCAUCAGUCACGGCUUUUGCUUGAGGCAGCCUCAAUGAUGGUGGAAACAAGGUUUGCUCUUAUGAUAGUGGACAGUGCUACUGCUCUCUACAGGACUGAUUUCUCUGGAAGGGGAGAACUGUCGGCGCGGCAAAUGCAUCUUGCAAAGUUUCUCAGGAGCCUUCAGAAGUUAGCCGAUGAGUUCGGUGUUGCUGUUGUGAUUACCAAUCAAGUAGUUGCACAAGUGGAUGGCUCUGCCAUCUUUGCUGGACCUCAAAUUAAACCUAUUGGUGGAAACAUCAUGGCUCAUGCUUCUACGACAAGGCUUGCUCUUCGGAAGGGAAGAGGCGAGGAGCGCAUUUGUAAAGUAAUAAGCUCUCCUUGUUUGGCGGAAGCAGAAGCUCGAUUUCAGAUUUCUACUGAUGGUGUUACUGAUGUCAAGGACUGAACAUUUUUUACCAUUUCGGCUCCUAUUCCAGAAAUUCUGGGAGGUCCUUUUCUAUCUCUUAUGUUCUCGUAUGUAUCACUGGAUUUGCAAGUACUCAAUAUGUCACAAAUUUGUAAUUUUUGUGUACAAUUAUAUGCCCAAUUUCUGAAGAGCUGUCCUGAAGAAUUAUGGCUGUGUUCGGCUGCUUUUGAGAGAAUGUUCUCUAUUUGUUUUUCU